AUGAGCGAAUCGGUGCCAACGGACCAAUCGAAUAUUAAAGACGAACGUCUUGCAGACAAAGAGGAACAAAAGGAAGUUGACCUGAAGAAAUUUCCUGCCACUGCAAGCGGUGUCAUAGAUGCUUAUCCAGGGUUAAAUAACCAAGACCUCCAAAACGGAAUUCCUGUUGGUUUAGCAUUCGGUUCUAUACCUUUCCUCCUUAAGUCCAAUUUAUCAUAUUCACAAAUAGGAGUUUUUUCUCUAGCUACAUAUCCAUAUUCACUUAAAUUGCUAUGGUCUCCAAUUGUGGACGCUAUAUAUUCAAAACAAGUUGGACGCAGAAAAAGUUGGAUAAUACCUAUUCAAAUAUUAACUGGAUGCCUAUUUUUUUGGCUUGGGAAUCACAUAGAUAAAAUGCUCGAGGAGAAACCAGAUGUCUAUACCUUGACUAUGUUGUUUUUCACUUUAAUAUUUUUUUCUGCAACGCAAGGUAGUAAAAAUAUUGCAGUUGAUGGCUGGGCUUUGACCUUAUUAUCCAAAAACAGUUUAUCUUAUGCUUCCUCUGCACAAACUAUUGGGUUGAAUACCGGUUAUUUUUUAUCUUUUACUGUUUUUCUUGCGUUCAAUUCUGCGGAAUUCAGCAAUAAAUAUUUUAGAAGUGAGCCGAGUGUUGAAAGUAUUCUGACGCUUGGGUCAUACCUAUCUUUUUGGUCUGUAGCUUAUUUCGCAGUGACAUUGUGGUUAAUAUUUGUCAAAAAAGAGGAUUCCUCAUAUUCCGACGAUGAAAUGGACAUUGCAACUGUUUAUAAAACAAUAUGGGAUAUUUGUAAAAUGCCCCAUUUACGCAAAUUUAUUGCGGUACUCUUAGUGUCAAAAAUUGGUUUCAUAGCAAAUGAAGCUGUGACUGGACUUAAGCUACUAGAGAAGGGAUUCAGCAAGGAAGAUUUGGCUUUGGCUGUUUUAAUAGAUUUUCCCUUUCAGAUCGUGUUUGGAUAUUAUGCUGCUAAAUGGAGUAAUGGUAGUGAGCCUCUGAAGCCGUGGAUAUACGCUUUUUACGGGCGACUCAUUUUUGCUAUUGUUGGCAUGUUGGUCGUUCUUAUGUUUCCUUCCGAUAAUGAGAUAUCUGUUGGCUUUUUUUUAUUUGUGAUUCUUAGUACCCACGGUUCAAUUUGUCAGCAUUUCGGCAUUCAUGGCAUUAAUUGCCGAUCCUAUGAUUGGUGGGACAUACAUGACUCGACGUUUAGCAAUCUGGGUGGUACAUGGCCUCGCUUUUUUGUUUUAGAAGCAGUGGACUAUUUCACUGAAGCUGUAUGCUAUAAUAAAUCGAACCCGCAAAAUACAUUGCCACCAAAAGCAUGGAAGUUAAAAAAGUAA